AUGUCAUCGUACCUCAACAACCUCCUCACCAACACCACGUCACGGUACACCAACCUGCGCCGGCAGCUACUCUCUGACGAGAACGACGGCGACACCGAAGAAGACUCGCACAUUUCUCGAGUCCUACGCGCGUACUACACUGAGAAAGGUCGACCCUUCCCGCAAUGGCUGCCACCCGACCCACGAGCCCCGCAACCACAGCCGGCGCAGCAAUUCGUGUCCUCGGCUGGGCGGCAGCAAGGCCAGGCGGCGCCGACGGGACGCGGAGGUGGAGGACUGAGCGAUCUUUGGGAUAAUCCGGCGCCACAGCAACCGGCACAGGAGCCUCUAUCGCUGCGCCGUGGAGCAGGAGCAAGAGGCGGAGGGGCACGACCGCUGCAGGCUCGAACGGGCAGCUCCCUCACGCCAGAACCGCAGGUCCAGGGCAGGCCCCUGCCCAGCCAAAGAGCCGGAAGCUACCAGAGCUCUGUCGCAACAGGAGGACGCCCAGGUGCCGACCCCUCACCGCCACCUAGCGCAGGCUCAGGCUCGGGCAUAUCAGCACAGGAAAGGCUCAAACAACGACUGUGGGGGUCGGGAAGGUCGACAAGCCCGGCGCAAAGCACGUCGUCUGUCGGCUCUGGGCCUCCAGCAAGGAGUUCGUACGAGCGAGCUGCACCAGUUGGGCGGCCACCCUACCCCGACGAGCGCAGUUAUUCAGCUGGCAGCGGCGGCGGCGGCGGCGGCGGCGGCGGAAGACAGCAAGCCUCGUCUGGAGACUACGACCCCUAUGCAACUAGCAACUAUGGCGGCGGCGGCGCCCCACCGCGUGCUCCACCAGGUGGAGGACGUGUCGGUCUGCCGAGCGGACCGCGCAUGCGUUGA